AUGCAGGAACAAGAAAUAUUUCCAUAUGGCUUUCAUGUAGUUGAUGCUAUGGCGGCUUCCAGUAGAUCAUCAUCGUAUUACGAUGAUAUGAGCAACGAGUUCUAUUCUUCGAGUUUUGAUGACUAUCAAAAUGAUAUCAAUGAGUCUCUAGACUUCAAUCAUGUCUCAUCUGCGGACUUCUACCUCGGUUCUGAGAUGUUCUUGAUUCCUCAAAUGCUUGGAGAACAACCCUAUCCAUCUCAGCAUGAAUUUGCCGGUAGCACAUCAACUUACGAAUCAAUUGAACGUUUGCCACCUAGCUCUGGGCCCACCAGUACUAGGACCAACGGCCAAGAGCAGCUUUUGCCCAGAUCACUCGGUGGAAUUUACGGACAAAUGACCACAGAGUAUCGUGACGUCUCAGAAGAUCCGCUGAAUCAAUACCCAAUUGAAGAGACGUAUCAUGAAAAUAACAACAAUGAUAAUAUAGAGUAUCCCCGCAAGAAACGCAGACCUUCUCAAAACGAAAAGGCACGAGCACCAAAUAUACCACAAUCAAAUGUGUUCAAGCUAGAUUUAAGAACGCCAUCAAUUUCCUGGGCAGGAUCGCAACCCAUAGCAUCACAAGAAUCUUUGAGCUCGGUUUUCGAGGUCAAUAUGAAUCAGCAACCGAAACGCAAAGCUCGGAGUGCCUUUACACCACAAGGAAAGAAGAAAGUGGAAGCGGUGAGAAGUGUUGGUGCUUGCAUUCAAUGUAAAUUCAGAAAACGAACUUGCGGGACAAAUGAGCCUUGCAUGUUAUGCAUUCGACGUGCUGGUAGUUUAGAGUUUGCGGCAUCUUUAUGUACAAGAGAGUCGCCAUUCGUUGAACUCUCAAUAAGUGAAUUCUACUCUAGCAAAUUACUCCCACUGAUAACAGAUUUCGAUGUUGAAUUUCCAAACGUAGAAGGUCAACAGAAAACCAUCAAGAUUGACGGAAAGGGACCUGCCUCUUUCCCUUUGUAUCUCGAAGUUGUCGAGAUACAAUCGUCGUUCUUGGCUGAGAAUUUACUCAAAGAAGUUCGUCGAAUGACUAGACUUAACUCUGGAGUUUCACGCCCACAUUAUCGUAGUCCGGAUCAUUCAAAUAUCAUAACUGUUCUCAAUCAGAGACUUUUCUCAUCUCAAGAGCUUGAAAAAUGGGUCAUGAAUUACACUGAUGGGAACAAAAUCGAUAACGUUAAUUCCACAUCUUUUCUGUUCGGGGUUGUAUAUGUCAAGGAAAAGCUGCCUCAUGCAGAUCUAGUGGAGAAUACAACAAAGCUCAUAGCAUUUAGCUACAUUCUCUGCAAAGGAUUGAGAAUUACAACGCCUACAAGCCAGCAAGAUGAAGCUGCUCGAUAUCCUGUACUACGAGCACAGCUCGAGACAAAACUCUUUAAUAUUCUCCGCCACACCGAAAAGCUUGUUUAUGAUGAGCUUCAACGUCUAGUCUUCAAAACCUCUGGACAAUUACCGAAGGAUGCGGUUGUUCCUGUGGCACUAGUACUUUGGUUGCUUACCCGAUUGCAAAGUUUGAAAGCGAGCCAUGUCAUAAGUUUGAGUGAGCAGAACAGUUCUCGAUCUUUGGGAACAUCAUCAACGGCUGCAUCUCGUCAAAAACAUAUUCUUAACCUCCUCAUAAGCGUUUUCACCGCCCUAUUUAGAUCAUCAUUCCCAUUACUCAUGAAUUUUGAAGACAAAUGCAACAGAGACCUACUGGGAGGAAGUGAGGAUUUAAUACAACUAUCCAAGAAAUUGAGGAGAGAUCUGAUAGCGUUUAAAAGAAGCGGCCAUUUAAAAGCUUCGACCUGGAACCAAGGGUUCUUGAAAGAGCAAGUGGGUAGAUUGAGAGAUCUAUUGACGGGAACUGUAAAAGGCCCCUCGUCACCAUCUGAAGACAGCGCACACGAGCCAUUUGGCUGUCCAACUCCAUAUGCCGAGCCACUGUGGUAUUCUCGAAACGUAUCACCUCAUUAUACCAGUUCGCAUCGCAAGCUUCGCGCUGCGGUGCGCAAAUAUGUCGAUGAAGAAAUCUUGCCGUAUGCCUUCGAUUGGGAAUCGGCAGGCAAAGCAUGGCGACGACAUGCGGAAUUAGGAUAUCUAGCUUUAAGCACGGGACUGUCGGAUGCAAAGUUACCGGGAGAUAUUAAGCCUCAAGAGUGGGACUCGUGGCACACUUUGAUUGUUACGGAUGAGUUGUCGCGUGUCGCAUAUACUGGCGUACUAUGGGGUCUUGGCGGAGGCAAUGGGAUUGGAGUACCCCCAAUAGUCAAUUUUGGGACGGAAGAGCAAAAAGCUAAAUUUUUACCUGGUGUUGCAAAUGGCAGCAUAAGAUUUUGUCUUGGCAUCACUGAACCCGAUGCUGGCUCCGAUGUAGCAAAUAUCAAAACUACUGCUGUAAGGCGUGGCAAACAUUAUAUCGUCAAUGGCUCAAAGAAAUGGAUCACAAACGCUAUUUGGGCGGAUUAUGUCACCACGGCAGUUCGUACUGGAGGCGUGGGAGCAACUGGUAUAUCGCUCCUUAUUAUCCCGUUGAAAGCUGACGGGGUAUCUCGAAGAACGAUGCACAAUUCGGGAGUUGGAGCAUCCGGCAGCACAUUUAUUAUUUUUGAUGAUGUUGAAGUUCCUAUCGAAAACCUUUUAAACAAAGAAAAUCGCGGAUUUGAAGUCAUCAUGUCCAAUUUCAAUGCUGAGCGCAAAAGCAUUGCCUCGUCGGCCAUUCGAUUGAGUAGAGUGUGUGCCGAAGAUGCAUGGAAACAUGCUUGUACGCGUGAGACAUUCGGAAAGAAAUUGAUUGAGAACCCGGUGAUUCGAGCGAAAUUCGUGAAAAUGGGAAGGAUGAUCGAGCCUGCGCAAGCAUUCCUAGAGCAGCUGACUUGGUUGAUUGAAUUGUGUAGAAAAAAUGGCGGAGAGGACGAUGUGAGGAUUGGAGGUAUGACGGCUAUGUUGAAAGUUGUAAGUACGAGGUGUCUCGAGAAAUGUGUAAGGGAGGCUCAACAAAUCAUGGGUGGAUUGGGCUAUGCUCGAGGUGGGAAAGGCGGAAGAAUCGAGGCCAUCUCAAGGGAUGUGAGAGUUAUGGCAGUUGGGGGUGGGAGUGAGGAAAUUAUGAGCGAGCUCGCGAUCAAAGAAGAAGUUAAAGAUCUGAAGAGAUACUCAAGCACUAUUAGCAAACUUUGA